AUGUGGAGCCAGACUUUGCAGUCAUCCAUCGGCCUGCUGGCCCUUAUGGCCGUGCAUCUUGCACCGGCCUCCGCGGAGAAGGUCUUGGGCGUCUACAUCUACUCGCGCCAUGGAGAUCGUUCCGCGAAAGUAUCGGGCAAUACUCAUUUGACGGAUCUGGGAUACCGCGAGGUCUUCCUGUCGGGUACUUACUACCAUGACCGGUACAUCACGUCCAAUUCCUCACUGCAGAUCGCCGGCAUCGACGAUUCGGUGAUCAACCCCAAGCAGGUGGCAGCCUCUGCUCCGGAUGAUGGUGUCCUGCAGAAUUCCGCCACGGGCUUCAUGCAAGGUGUCUAUCCUCCUGUCGGCGCAUCUGCUGCUCAGACUCUUCGCAACGGAUCAACUGUUGAAGCUCCGUUGAACGGUUACCAGUUGGUUACUUUGGCCACCGUCUCGACGGGCACCAACAGUGAGAAUACCAACUGGCUGCAGAGUGCAAAUGACUGCCAGAAGUCUGAAAUUAGCAGCAAUGCAUUCUACAGCUCGCCCCUGUACAUUUCGUUAUCGAACUCAACGAAGAGCUUCUACCAGUCCCUCGCGCCCAUGCUGACCAGCGCGUUCACGGAAUCCCAAUUGAGUUUCAAGAAUGCGUAUACCAUCUUCGAUUAUCUCAACGUCGCUUCCAUCCACAAUUCCAGCAGCGACUUCCCGUCGGCGGAUCUUUUGACUCCCGAAGUCUACCAGCAGCUGCUCCUGCUGGCUAACGUCCAUGAAUUCAAUCUCGCCUACAACCAGUCGGAGCAGGUUCGAGCCAUUGCAGGCUCUGUUCUUGCUGGUCAGGUUCUUACGGCCUUGAACGAGACCAUCACCUCUCAGGGCAAGUCAAAGUUUAACGUCCAGUUCGGCGCAUACGCCACGUUCCUCUCAUACUUCGGUCUAGCCCAGCUAGUUUCUGUGAACGACGACUUCACCGGCAUCCCGGACUAUGCCUCCACGAUGACGUGGGAGCUUGUGACGAACUCGACUUCUGACGCAUUCCCGGAUCCAUCGGAGAUUAGCGUGCGCUUCCUGUUCCACAACGGUACCAUUGCGGACUCAUCCAGUACCCCCAUCGCAUAUCCGCUGUUCGGACAGUCAAGCACACUCAUGUCGUGGUCUAACUUCUCCCGGAAUAUGCUGAAGAUCGCCGUCACGUCUCAGGAUGAGUGGUGCAGCGUCUGCGGCAAUACUCAGGGAGUUUGCGCUUCAGAUAACGGCUCUUCUCCAACAGCGACGACGACAUUUAAAUCCUCGGGUCACGGAAUGGCCUUGGGCGUUGCGGGUGUGAUCGGUGCGAUGGUGACUCUAGGAGUGAUCCUCGGACUUGAGUUUUUGAUUUUCCUUUUGGGGGGAUUCAGAAUCAGCAGGAAAAGGGCCGGUAGUUCGAUUGCAAGCCUAACAGCCGUUGUUGAGAACAAAGCAUGA